AAUCUGCAUUCUUCAGCUGGCGUUGCAUACAAUCUGUUCGAUGAAAUUCUUUACAGAAAUCCAUGGCGUCGUCCUCAAUCAAUUUCCAAAAAUCCAUUCCCUACUCACGCAAACCAUCUCGUUUUCUUCAUCACCGCAUUCCGACAUUGUCUCCGCCGCCGCCUCGAUUUUAAAGCACCACCGCUCGAAGUCCCGGUGGUCCCACCUCCGCUCACUCCUCGCCACCACCAAAGACAACCGCCUCACCUCAUCUCAAUUCUCUCAAGUCUCCCUUCAAUUGCGCAACAAUCCGCACCUGGUCCUCCGCUUCUUCUACUUCACCGUCCACCACUCUCUCACCUCUCAUUCCCCCUCCUCCUACGCCACCGCCAUUCACAUUCUCUCUCGAUCCAGGCUCAAGCUCCACGCACUCAAGCUAAUUAAGUCAGCCAUGGUUGCGUUCUCCGAUGCUCAGUCGGGAAGCGCUGUUGUGAUUCUAGAAGCACUGGUGAAAACUUACAGAGCUUGUGAUUCUGCUCCCUUUGUGUUUGAUUUGUUAGUAAAAGCUUGUUUGGAGUCGAAAAAGAUCGAUUCCGCGCUUGAGAUUUAUUCAGUUUUGAAGUCUAAGAGAGUGCUGUUGAAAACUAGCACUUUGAAUUGUUUAAUUGAAUUGGUGUCGAAGACCAGAAGUUGUUUUACCGGAUAUGAUUUGUAUAAAGAAAUCUUUCAUCAAAAUGUUGAUAAUGGCGAUAAACUUAGGUCAAAUCUUCCAAACCCGAACACGUUGAAUGUUGUUAUGGUUGGUUUCUACAGGGAGGGGAUGUUGGAGAAGGUGGAGGAGGUGUGGGAAGAGUAUGCGAGAGUUGAAUGUUUGCCAAAUGUGUAUAGUUUUAAUGUGCUGAUGGCUACGUACUGUGAUCACGGACGAAUGGAGGAUGCGAUGAGAGUAUGGGAGGAAAUGGAGGAUAAAGGUUUGACGCGCGAUGCAGUAGCAUAUAACACCAUUAUUGGAGGGCUUUGCAGAACUGGAGAGGUUGAGAGAGCAGAGGAGAUAUAUAGAGAAAUGCUGAUGCAAGGCGUGGAUAGUAGUUGUAUUACUUUUGAGCAUCUCAUAAAUGGGUAUUGUGAAAUCGGGGAUGUUGAUUCCGCAUUGAUGUUGUAUAAGGAUAUGUGUAGGAAAAAAUUUAGCCCAAGUAGUUCUACUGUUAAUACUAUCAUUAGGUUGCUUUGUGAUAAGGAUGAAAUUUCUGCAGCAUCUGACUUUUGGUGGAUGGCUUCAAAGAAGCAUGAUGCUGCUUUGGAAAGGGAGAAUUAUGAGAACUUGGUAAAAGGUUUGUGUGGGAAGGGAAAGAUGGAAGAGGCUCUGAAGAUUCAGGCAGAGAUGGUCGUGAAGGGGUUUCAACCAAAUGCAGAUAUGUAUGGUGUAUUUAUUGAUGGUUAUGAUAAACUAGGAAAUGAAGCCAUGGUGAGUAAACUUAGGAAAGAAAUGCUUGAUAAUGAAACAUUGUCCGAGUAGAUGUUGGCCGUAUGAUCAAAGAAUGGAGUACCUUGACCCCAGUGGUUCUCUGUGAUGCGCUAUUCUGUGCUUAAGCGGUAUAAAGUUUCUGGAGACCUAUCUGGAUAUUCUGGUAAGAAGUGAAGAUAUGAGGAGUGUUUUGAUAAGACCAUAAGAUCAGGAAGUCAUAGAGAUGUUUAUUGCCUGUGCCCCCUAUAUACAUGGACUUCAAAGGUAUAGACACUACAGUGCAAACAUUCGACAGUGUUGAGAAAGAAAUUACCAAAAGGCCGUGUAGCUGUAGAAUCCAACUCCUAAAGACAUGAAGACUAUAGACGAUGAAGAGAAUAUGACCUGGCCAAAUCUCAAAG